AGCCGAGCAUACCUGAGCCGUCAGGCGGUGAGUUCGGCAGGUGUGCGGAGGACGAAGAAAUGAUUGAGGAAGACAGUUUAUCCUCAUCCUCAGCUGAGUGAAGACUCUCCGCAGAGCUCAGAAAGGUUUUCCCAUUAAAAUGCAGCAGAAUUUGAAACGCAGAGUUUAAUUCUGAACACGGAGACCGUCCUCUCCCCUGCUCCCGCAAUUGAGAAAUGAAGAAAUAAAGCCCCAUCCAGGUCCCGCCUUGCCCAAGCAAAGGUAAAAACACGCCGCCGGGAGCCUGGAGUUUACAGGAACUCAUUGAAAACAUGCUGCUGAUCUCGCUCCGCUGUCCCGGAGCGUGACGUUCGGUGCCAGGAUGAGGAGGCGUCUCGGGUUGGUGAUGCUCUGUAUGCUCUCUGCGGCCCUCAGGUGUAACGGUGCGUCUCCACCGGGGAAACCGGUUCUGCUCGGCUGCAGGUCCCCAGAGAAGGAGACGUUCACCUGCUGGUGGGAGCAGGGCUCCGACGGAGGCCUGCCGACGGUGCACCRCCUCUACUACGAGAGAGAAAAUUUGGAUGGAAUCCGCGAGUGUUCRGACUACCACUCGGCAGGAGAAAACUCCUGCUUCUUCGGGAAGGASCAGACCUCCAUCUGGGUCGAGUACACCCUGAAUGUGGUGGCCUUCAACGCCCUCGGRAACACCUCGUCAGACCUCUAUAAGAUCGAUGAUGUGAUGACAAUUGUGAAGCCUUACGCUCCGGAAAACGUCACGGUGCUGGUGAACGACACCGCCAACAGCCCGUUUCUCCACGUGAGUUGGAACCCUCCUCGGAAGGCGGACACCAGAUCUGGCUGGGCCACCAUAAACUAUGAGCUGAGGGUCAAAAAAACAGAUGAAAAUACCUGGGAGACGUACCAAAAUGGCAUAUACAAUUUUCGUAAACUGUACAACGUGGACCCCGGGGCCACGUACAUGGUUGAAGUGCGCUGUAGACUCGACCACAGCUCUUGGAGCGAGUGGAGCAGCACCUCGUCUGUGAAAAUGCCAAACUAUUUUCAGAAUGAGAAGCCAUUUUGGAUCCUGGUCUCUAUCUUCUCUAUAAUUCCAUUGUUGACAAUUGUAUGUAUUUUGGUCCUGAAGAGGAAAUUCGUGAAGCAGUGGCUUCUGCCUCCUGUUCCUGGGCCAAAGAUACAAGGAGUUGAUGUUCAACUUCUCAAGAAUGGGCGAUCCGAGGACGUCGUCGACGCUUUUAUCAGCAGCCAAAGCUUCCCUCCUAUGACGACUUGGAUGGAUCAGACGGAGGAGUACCUACUUGUGUCUGACAGUAAUGACUGGCUCUUAACAGAUCCCUGCAUGUCUCAAAAGAAAAGCUUGAUGAUUCCAGCUAGCGUACACUUCGAGAUGCAAUGCAGGGAGUCGGCACCAGAGCAAAGUGACUGUGAGAAGGCUGAGGAAGGUGAAACGGGUCAUUUGGUUAAAACCAGCGAAGCUCCGUCGAAGGGGAGCCCGUCGAACGCGGAGCCGGCCCAGUUGCCUCCCGAGGAACAGCAGAGCCCGAGCAGAAACUGUGCGAGCGAGGAGAACACCAGCUACGUGGGCAUUCCCCAACAGGAGAACACGCAGUGGGACUACAGCAGCGUGCAGAAGGUGAACGGCGAGACCGUUCUCGUCUUCAGGGACGAAAACGUCCCAGUCAGCUCGGCCGCGCCGAGGCAGGAAGGGUGCGCGGAGGACGGCGGGCCGGCCGGCUACAGCGUGGUCAUAGAGGUGGACGGCGGCAACGCAGUCCUCCUACAGAAACACGGCUCUGCGGACUCUGUCUGUAAAAAGGAGGAGGACCGAAACACAGAGUGGACAAAUCAGAAAACAAAACUCCCUCCCGCGACUGACAGCAAAGUAACGGUCUUACAGAUAACCGGUAACGGAUACGUUCUGUAGAUUCUGUUUUUACCAGGAGUGAUUUGAGAAACGACAAGAUAUUUUUUAUGAUUCGCUGCAGUCUGAGCUGGCAACGGUUGGUAUUUCAGCAGAGGAGCCAACUCUGUGCCAGAGGAUGAACCACUUUAAUAUAAACACUGGAAUUUAUCUUUGGAUCUGCUGGAUAAACGACUGAAGGAUUAAACCAAAUUAGAAUUCUGUCAAGUUUCUACUUGUUCGAUAAAAGUGGACAUUUGUUGACCACUUUGUCGAGACAAGUGUGGCUCCCAAUUGAUAUCUACAAUUUUUUAGGACAUUUUCAGUUCAGUGUGACAUUUGUUCAGUGGAUUGUUUUUCAGCUGUAGCCUUCAUGAAGUUAAUAAAAUCAAAGCACAUCAGCCUGGUAGAGCCUGUAGGAGCAUAGGAACUCCUAUUUGAAAAUUUAUUUCUUAUGUCAAGCUCCACUAAAACGCCCAUUAACGUCACUUCUUUUGUUUAAAGGAGAAAAAAAAACUUUAAAACCAGUUUUAUGUUUCAAAGACUUAAUGGUCGUCUUUGAAGCCUCGUUCCUUUUUCUGAGUCUAUCCUGGUCUGUCUGAGACUUGAUGGAAACCCACUGGAUGAGUUUGUUUUAUUCAAAUAAAAGAACAAAAUAAUAA